AUUUUUAAAAAGUGGCUUUUUCAGUUUUGGUUCAAUUUUUAUUGUCUCCUUCAGGUUAUUAUCGAGUUCAAUUUUCUGCAUCUGCGAAUCCAUUCAUAAUUGUCACAGAACAAAACCCUAAUUUUAAAAAUCGAUGAUGAGAGGUUCAAAGCGUUUGGCUGUAUCGGAACCUAACCGUGCUGAUAACAACGAAACGCAAUUUCGGAAUAAAAGAAUAAUGGAAGGAUCUCUCUUUGAUGUCCAUAGGGCUGAACCAUCCCAACAACUGAUGAUGGCAACACCCUCAUUGGAUAUGAAACGGGCAGAGUCAUCCCAGCAGCAUGUGAGAGCUUUAAAUACCCAGUUUGCAAGCUGGGUUCAAACACAAUUAAAGAACCAUCCUGAUGAGCUUUGGGAAGAUGGUGUCAGAGAUUACUUAGAUCACGCUACAGGCAUUAUGGAAAAAUUUAGUGAUGUUGUCAACUGGCUCAAAGCAAAUGCCACCAAGGCAGAAAAUUCUACGCCCGGUGCCGGUGCUGGUGUUUCUUUUGCUGGGAAAAAGUUUUUGCCGGAAGUAACAAACAAAGAAAAUAAAAAUUUUGGAGAAAAAUCUGGAUCUCCUCCUGUUAGUACUACUACUACUACAAGUUUUGCUAGUCCAUGGAGCCCUGGAAUAUUUUCGAACAGUCAAAAUCAAAAUCAAAAUCAAAACCUUUUUACGUUUGGUGGAAAUCAAAGUUCAGCCCCCUCCAACUCCAAUCACAACGCUUCAGAUGAUGCGGAUGCUGAAAAUGAGGAGGAGGAGCCCAGUAGCCCAUCAGUGAAGAAGUCGGAAGAGAAAGGUGUAUCAGUUGUGCAUGAAGUGAAGUGCAAGCUUUAUGUGAAGUCAAGUGACCCAACAGAUAAAGAUGUAUGGAAAGAUAGAGGAAUGGGCAAUCUAUCCAUUAAAUGCAAAGAAGGGGUCGCCAAGGCUACCAAAGAGUCUAAACCUACAAUUGUUGUUCGAAAUGAGGUAGGGAAAAUUCUUCUCAAUGCCUUGUUGUAUCCUGGAAUCAAGACAAAUCCACAGAAGAACUCUCUCGUUGCAAUAUUUCAUACUGCGGGUAAUGCCGAUGGUGGUGGAGAUGAUAUUGUUGUUGCACGUACAUUUUUGAUCCGGAUGAAAACAGAAGAUGAUCGAAAUAAACUGGCUUCAACUAUUCAAGAAUAUGCUCCAGCAUCUUGAGAGUACAUGAACGAGAGUUACGAUUAUUGUGCCAACCUGCACAAUCAAAAGUUACUGAAUACUACAUCCACCUUCAAUUUUCGCCCUUUCCCAAAAUUCGAUUUUUUUUCUUUGAAAAGUGUCAGUUUUGCUAUGUUGGACCCUCUGUUUAGAGGCUGUUACUUGUGUACCAUCUAUAAUCCCGUAGAUCAAUGCAAAUGUUGUUUAGGUGUGAAUGUGAUGAAUACACUGCCUAUGCCUUGGACCAAUAGUUCUACUUUUUCCAUGCUAUAAGCAAGGCAAAUUUUGAGUGAAUUGGACGAUCUAGUGUCUUCGAAAAACAUCAAAAUUAUGGUGAAAACCAUGGUGAAUAUACAUUGGAACUUAUAAAAAUCAUGUUACGAGGCAUUGAUUUUGUUGCUUAAA